CUGGGUUUUGGCUGCGUCUGGGGACAUCUUGUGAUGUUUUAGAGAACAGGACAUGAUCUCACAUGGCGAGGAGCUCUUUAGUUUCUUAAUCAUUUCACGGUUCCUUCAGAGGCUUUUUUCCACCUAAAACGUUUAGUUUCAGCUCAGUGAUCAGCUGCAAAAGCUCGGCGGGGAGCGGAAGAGUUGAAUUAUUCCAACCUGAGAGAGCCCCUCACAAAAAAAAAAAAAAAAAAAAAAAAAGGAGAGAAAAUAAAGAAGGAAAACAAAAGAAAAUAAAGAAGGGGAAAAAAGAAAAUAAAGAAGACAAAACAGAAGAAAAUACAAAAAAAGCAGAGAGGAAAAGAAAAACGGAAAAUACAAGAAAAGAGAAAAAAACACAAAAAAAUAAGAACAAAACGGAAAAAAAAGAGGGAAAAGGAAGAGGUUGCAAUACGACGUGGAAACUUUUUCUUGUCUCCGUUUCCCCAAGUCCUGAAGAGCCAGAAUGGAGCUGGAGAAAACCUACGCGACACCCCGAGCCGGCCGCACAGGACAUGGAGGCGUAAAUCAGCUGGGGGGUGUUUUUGUGAACGGCCGCCCUCUCCCUGAUGUCGUUCGCCAAAGGAUCGUGGAGCUCGCCCACCAAGGGGUCCGGCCGUGUGACAUCUCCCGGCAGCUCCGCGUCAGCCACGGCUGUGUCAGCAAAAUCCUCGGCAGGUAUUAUGAAACCGGGAGUAUUAAGCCUGGAGUGAUUGGAGGAUCAAAACCAAAGGUCGCCACACCCAAAGUCGUUGAAAAAAUUGCUGAGUACAAACGCCAAAAUCCCACCAUGUUUGCCUGGGAGAUCAGGGACAGACUCCUUGCUGAGCGAGUGUGUGACAACGACACCGUGCCCAGUGUCAGUUCCAUCAACAGGAUCAUACGGACCAAGGUGCAGCAGCCACCCAAUCAGCAGGUCCCAGCUUCCAGUCACAGCAUAGCCUCCACGGGAUCAGUCACCCAGGUGUCCUCUGUAACCACUGACUCUGCUGGCUCAUCCUACUCCAUCAGUGGGAUCCUGGGAAUUGCCUCCCCUGGCACUGAGAGCAACAAGCGCAAGCGGGAUGAAGGUAUUCAGGAAUCUCCAGUACCAAAUGGCCAUUCUCUCCCAAGCAGAGAUUUUCUUCGGAAACAGAUGCGAGGAGACCUUUUCACCCAGCAGCAGCUAGAAGUGUUGGAUCGUGUCUUUGAGAGACAACAUUAUUCUGACAUUUUCACAACAACAGAGCCCAUCAAACCAGAGCAGUGGUGCUCCAUGCUGAUGAGACAGUGCGUGGUACAACCGCAGGCAGUCAUUUUUCAGGCAAGUGAAUACUCAGCCAUGGCCUCACUAGCUGGUGGAUUGGAUGACAUGAAGGCAAAUAUAACCAGCCCUACUUCUGCAGAUUUGGGAGCGAGUGUUCCUGGACCUCAGUCCUAUCCUAUUGUCACAGGUCGCGAGCUGGCAAGUACAACCCUCCCAGGAUACCCUCCACAUGUCCCUCCUGCCGGACAGGGCAGCUAUUCCGCUCCAGCGCUGACAGGAAUGGUGCCUGGGAGCGAGUUUUCUGGGAGCCCAUACAGCCACCCACAAUAUUCAACAUACAACGACUCCUGGAGGUUUCCCAACCCUGGACUCCUGGGCUCCCCCUACUACUACAGUGCCACAGCCCGUGGAGCAGCUGCGCCAGCUGCCGCCGCUGCCUACGACCGCCACUGA